UUUUCUCGGUCUCACUUCUUACCUUCACAUUCACGGGCAGGUAGGGUUGCACGGGUCUGGGAGUGUGUGCACACAUACACGUCACACACUCAUAAGCAUCCACACACAGAUACACACUCACCGUGAGUGACCCAUUGCCAUUGGCCAGGCCCACCAGCCCUCUGCCUGUCCGAUCUGAAGAACAGGACCAUUUGGGAAAGGAGGAGAAAGAGCAGGAAGAUGGUAUCGCUGAGGUUGAUGUGGGUACUCCUGGUCCUGUGUGUGGCAGCAGCCUCUCCCCCGAGAUACGUCCGACAAACAGAACUACACAAUUACGAUGACAACAACGAUGUGGAUUUAGACCAAAAUGUUGAUGGCGACAAUGCCUACGAGGACUAUUAUGAUGGAAAUGAAUCAGAGAUAGAGAUUACCCGCGUUGAUCCAUUUGAGGGCAUUGAGUCAUCACAUAGUGCCUCAUUGGAAGAGAAAGAAGAGGAGGAAUUACCUAUAAAGCCUCAGCUUAUUCCACCAAGCUCUGGGGCAUCAGGGACUCUGAUGGGCCCUAGUGCUCAGGGAGAGGAGGAGCUUCGUCUGAUACCCACUGACAUCCUUCAGAUAUCUGGUGACUUGAGCUCUGGAGACGCUGUGCCCUCUGGAGACUUACAAGAUGAGAAAGCCUCCAGUUCUGGAGAGCCUUUGGGCUUGGGAUAUUCUGGGGCCUCUGGUGGCAUAUCGGGUUCUGUGGACUCAGAGGAUCUUAGUUCUGGAGUCUCUGGUCUUUCUGGUUCAGGCAUAAUACUUAUCUCAGGUGAAGAGGAGGAGCUCCAUCCGAUACCUGAAUUUGGUCCACAUGAGGCCUCUGGGGAUUCUGGGGAGUCUGGAAUCUUUGGGAUAUCUGGAGCAUCUGGGUUACCUGAGGGGUCAGGAGAGCCUGAAGUCUCAGGGGCAUCUGGAGAGCCUGUGAGCUCUGGGGUACCUGAGGUAUCAGGAGUGUCUGAGGCAUCAGGAAUACCUGAUGAGUCAGGAGAGUCUGGAGCCUCUGGGGUGCCUGAGGGGUCAGCAGAACCUGGGAUCUCUGGGGUACCUGAGGUGUCAGGAGAGUCUGGGGUACCAGAAGUUUCAGGAGAGACCUCUGGGGUACCUGAGAUGCCAGCAGAAUCUGGGUCCUCUGAGGAGCCUGAGGUAUCUGGAGAAUCAGGGACCUCUGGGGUACCUGAGGUAUCCGGAGAAUCUGGGACCUCUGGGGUACCUGAGGAAUCUGGGAUCUCUGGGGUACCUGAGGUAUCUGGAGAAUCUGGAACCUCUGCGGUACCUGAGGUAUAUGGAGAAUCUGGAACCUCUGGGGUACCUGAAGUAUCUGGAGAAUCUGAGACCACUGGGGUACCUGAGAUAUCUGGGGAAUCUGGGAUUUCAGAGGUGCCUGAUGUGUCUGGACAGCCAGAGACCUCAGAGGCACAUGAAAUGACUGUAAAGCCUGAGAUCUUUGAGGUGCCUGAGGAAUCUAGAAAGCCUGGACCCUUUGACAUAUUUGAAGAGUCUGGGGUACAUGAGGAGUCAGGAGAGUCUGGGAGCCCAGAAGAGACUGAGGUGACUGAGGCCCCAGAUUUCACCACUACAGUGUUAAUUCCUGACUUAGAUGAAGAGGAGGAGAUACUCCUAACCACCCCAACCACUCCCCUGGAGGGGACUGGGGGUGAUAUAGGGUCAGGCAUACCUGAUAUUGACACAGAUAUUUACCCAGAUAUAACAGGUAUGUCUGUCUGUGUGCUGUGUACCUGUCUGGUUGGAUCUGUGUACUGUGAUGACCUCAAGUUGGACCGUGUUCCUCCCCUCUCCAAAGAUACCACUCACUUUUAUUCCCGCUACAAUAAAAUUUCCAGAAUCAGCAAGUCUGACUUCGCCAACCUGAAUAAAUUAAAAAAGAUCGACCUGACUAGCAACGGGAUUUCCAGGAUUGAUGAUGAUGCUUUCUUUGGCCUUCCUUCCCUGGAGGAGUUGAUAUUACGAGAGAACAAUAUUAGACAGCUUCCAGCUUUGCCACCAUCCAUGACCCUUAUUGACGUCUGUCACAACCAUCUGGGCAGCACUGGCAUCCAGAGAGAAGCUUUCAAGGACAUGCCAGGGCUACUUUACCUUUACUUGACGGACAACAACAUAGACCACAUCCCAGUUCCUCUGCCUGAGAGUCUGCGCUCACUUCACCUACAGAAUAAUAACAUCCAGAUGAUACACGAAGACACCUUCUGCAACCCACACGACUUAAAUUACAUCCGAAAUGCACUUGAGGAUGUUCGCCUGGACGGUAAUCCCAUCAAUCUCAGCAGAACCCCACAGGCCUACAUAUGUUUGCCACGUAUCCCCAUUGGUAACCUUUUUUAAAUCGUAAAAAAAAAUUAAAUAUGCACACUUGAAUACACACAUAAAAAACUCACACGUAUGCAUAUGCAUCAAAACUCCUCUGUGCGUACCUCUCUCUUAAAAAAAAAAAAAAAACCUUGGGCUCAAGCAAACACAUGGAUAUGAAUGGCUGUCUUUAAAGGAGGUUGGCAAAAAUACAUAAACUCACUCUCGAAGGAGUUCUGGUGGACACUUCCAACUCUACGCUGCUUGUGUUCAUGCUUUUUUUACACGGUGCACACUUUUCAUAAUGUAAGAGGCUUGUAAUCGUAUCCGGAUUAAUGAUUUCUAGACUCAUCAACAAUCUCUUUCAGAGAAACCAAAAAACAUGCAGAAGUCUGAAAGUUUUUAUUUAUCAAAGUCUAAUGAACCUAUCAGGAAAACAAGAUGUCAGUUAUUUACAACUGCAAAUCUGAACAAGGCAACAACCCUCUUUUUGUGUGUGCUGUACUGGUUGUGGGAUAAGGGCUAGGUGCAAUAGCCAGCCCAAACUGUUUAAAAAUAUGUUUGAAUUGUAAAUGAAAUACUGUUAAUAUUCAUAUAGAAUUUAACAAAUGUUUAUCGUAAUUAGCCUAAACCAAUUGAAGCUGGCUCACGAUUAACUUCUUGAAAGGUUAAUUUGACUAUAAUGCAAUAAAAGAAGCAUUCUAACAA